AUGAGGAGAGCAGAUAUGGUUAAUGAAAGAAAAAUUACAAUUGUUAACGGCAAUCUCGAUGUACUGUUGUUACUUGUUCAUUUGAUUUUGUGGUUCAACUCAACAAACUCGAUGAUGGGCUUUUGGGGGUUCGUACUGAAUCAAAAUCUGGGUGGUUAUGGGGGUUUCGAUAGCGUGAAGAGGCUGGCGGCGAGGUGCAAACGACGUGGUUUCAGGAAGAGAGCGCCUGGAGGGGAGAGUGUGAUGAUGGUUAUGGUGGAGGUAGAGGAGAACCAUGGUGGAGAUUUAAAACGGUACUGUUUUGAUGACAAGGAUGAGUUCUACAAUGAGUUGGGACAACAUGGCACUUUUUGGUGCCACAUAAGCGUAUUGAAGCCGGAAUCCACACCGAUAUUACUUGAAGGGCUAAAGGCAUAUAGAGGAGAAGACAAGCAUAUUAGGCUAUUCAGGCAAGAGGAGAAUGCUGUACGGAUGCAAAUGGGAGCAGACAGAAUGUGCAUGCCAUCUCCAUCUAUUGAGCAAUUAGUUGAUGCUGUCAAACAAGUUGCCUUGGCCAACAAGAGAUGGAUUCCUUCUCUAGGAAAUGGGUCAUUGAAUAUUAGACCUUUGCUAAUGGGAACAGGGCCAGUUCUUGGGGUAAGACCAGCACCAGAAUGUACAUUUCUGCUCUAUGCUUCUCCUGUUGGCAAUUACAGUAAGGGCCCCUUGAAUCUUCUUGUUGAAGAACAUAUUCAUAGAGCCAUGCCAGGUGGAACUGGAGGCAUCAAAACCAUCACUAAUUACUCACCAGUUUAUAAAGCAAGUUCAGAAGCAAUGGCAAAAGGCUUCUCGGAUGUACUGUUUCUUGAUGCAGAGACUGGAAAUUAUAUAGAGGAGGGUACUGCAUGUGAUGUAUUCGUCGUCGAGGGAAAUAUGAUCUCAACACCAGCAAUAUCUGGUACUAUUCUCUCUGGAAUAACCCGGAAAAGCAUUAUCGAGAUCGCUCUUUCUUUCGGGUGGAAGAACAUGUUGUUCCGCUGGAGGAGUUGAUAACUGCUGAUGAAGCUUUCUGCCACUACAAGAAAAUUGGUUUUUAGCGGCGGUUUUUAAGGAUUAUAGGGGCGGUUUAAACCGUCUCUAUAAAACAUAGAGACAGUCUUUCAAACCGUCUCAAGAGCGUUGUUCUUUUGACUGUCGGUAUGUUUUAGAGACGGUUGUGACAACCGCCGGGGUAUGUAAUAUUUUAUCUACGGUUUGUAGAGGCGGUUAGUGUGUGAAAUCUAAAACAAAAUCAAAAUCAAAAUUAAAACCUAAAACAAGAUCA